UGAUUGUGACGUCACACCGGAGGUGCCACAUGCGCGAAUGAUGCAACGCUGGAUCACGAUUCUUGCUUGAGUCGUUUGUGUCUGGUUUUGUUGCCGUGGUUGUCGAGGAAGCAUUAAGAUACGGAAGGAAGAUGGAAAUGGUAGAAAAAGACAAGAUGGUUGGUGCUAAAGGAGACGGUAACAACGAAAAGGGCGUUGAAAGCAGCACAGAAAGUUUUAAAUUAAAACGAACGAUCACUGUUGUAAAUGGAGUUGGAAUUAUUGUGGGAAACAUCAUUGGUUCUGGAAUUUUUGUUUCUCCAAAAGGAGUUUUACAAGAAACAGGUUCCACUGGAAUGGCCCUCAUAGUGUGGGCGUUAUGUGGAGUGUUUUCCACUAUCGGUGCUCUCUGUUACGCAGAACUCGGGACCACAAUCCUUGAAUCUGGCGGCGACUACGCUUAUAUAUUACAAAUAUUUGGGGCAUUGUUGGCAUUUUUAAGGUUAUGGAUAGCGGUUCUUAUCAUCUACCCAACCAACCAAGCUAUUAUAGCUCUCACAUUCGCUAAAUAUGUGACGUUUCCAUUUUUUGAGACAUGUGACUCUCCAGAUGCUGCAGUAAGGUUACUAGCAGCUGUCUGUAUAGUGAUUCUUACUUGGGUGAAUUGCCGUAGCGUAAGAUGGGCAACAAGGGUUCAAGACUUCUUCACGGCAGCAAAACUAAUGGCAUUGGUCAUAAUUAUAAUUGCUGGAUUCAUUCAAAUAUUCAAAGGUGAAGCACCGAGUCUUGAUCCGUCAAAAUCGUUUGUUCCCGUCGGCAACAAAACUCCAAAACCGGAAGGAAUCGCUGUUGCCGCUUAUCAGGGAUUCUUCGCUUACGCUGGCUGGAAUUAUUUGAACUUUGUCACUGAAGAAAUGAUCAACCCAUACAAAAAUCUUCCACGGGCUAUUUUGAUAUCCAUGCCCUUGGUCACAAUUGUCUACUUGAUGGCAAACAUUGCUUACUUUGCCGCCAUGUCACCUGCUGAACUACUGGCAUCAGAUGCUGUUGCUGUGACAUUGGGAAAUCGUUUGCUUGGCGUGAUGGCGUGGGUAAUCCCUAUCUCCGUUGCCAUGUCAACCUUCGGAGGAGUUAACGGUUCAUUGCUUGUGUCGUCAAGGUGUUUCUUUGUGGGAGCUCGUCACGGCCACAUGCCCGAGUCACUUGCAUUCAUUAAUAUUAACAACUACACACCCGUGCCUGCUCUACUGUUUACUGCUGCUUUAAGUCUACUUAUGUUGGUUACAAGCGAUAUCUACGCGUUGAUAAACUACGUCGGGUUCGCCAACUGGGUUUGGUACGGUGUUGCUAUUGCUGGCCAAGUUUAUUGGAGGUUUAAAUAUCCAGAUAUGAAACGUCCGAUUAAGCUCAAUAUACUUCUUCCAAUCUUCUUCUGUUUGGUUUGUCUAUUUAUUCUCACAUUCUCAUUCAUUUCCGCACCGUUCGAGUGUCUUACUGGCACCGGGAUUACCUUGACUGGGAUUCCGGUUUAUAUACUGUUUGUUCAUUUUGAACCCAGACACCCCCGGUGGCUCAAUAAUAUUAAAAGUGCAAUAACAAAGUUUACCCAAAAACUUUGCUUUUCGAUGCCACAAGAUAUGAAAUCGGAGUAAACUUUGCUUGUGUUUAUUUUAGUGCAUUUUGCUUAAGCUUGUAAGAUCCCUUUGCUAUUUAUUAUGUCAUACACAAAUAAUUGUUACCUUACAAACACAAGCACAAAUCUAUUUAUGAUGGCAUACACAAUAAACUGUUACCUACACAAAUACACAUCACACAGUACUACCUGUUUUACACACAGUAAUAUAUGUUACUGUUUAAGUUGUUUAGGUCUAUUUUGCUUGAGUAAAGUUGCACUGUCAUGCUGAAUCAGCAUCCAAUGUUAAUUUUUCCCUGUUGGUACUUGUGAUGUAAUUAUAUGUGACAUCACUGUUGGUUAUUGUAUGAUGUUAGUGAUAUGACAUUAUUGUCUAUGAUGUCAUAUAUAUAUGUAUGAUGUCACUGUUAAUGAUAUAUACCUUAGUAUGAUAUCACAAUUAUUGCAAAUAAUUCAUAACAAAAUAAGUUUUUUAUUUACUUUCAAAAUUCCAGCUCCUAAUCUAGUUUAGUAUAAGGUGCCAUUAAACUGGUGUUUCUAUCAUUGUACAUAAAACAUCACAAGUAACAUUGCUAUUUUAGACAGACCUUAUUUUUUUUAAGUUUGAAUGUGUCUUAAUAAAACUUGUAAAAAUACAAAACUUUGAAGAUUGUUGCAAAA